AAUCGAUACUUUUCAACUCGCCAACACCACAACCGUCAUUAACGUUUCGUCUGUGAUCGACUCAACAUGGCGUCUCUAAUGUUGCCCGCAAUGAUCAGAAUUUUGGAGGACUCCGGUGAUUCGGGUGUUACCAUUCGAGCUUUGCUAUCGCAUGUUCGCAAUCUACCCGCCUAUCGAACAGUUCCGGGCCAUGAUGUGCGCCAAACUUUCGACGAGAAGCUGGAAAUCGCAAAUGCCUACGGUUUGGUUUCACUGCGUGGAGAUCGCGUCCGGCUGACGGUAAACUGUCGUACCACGGAAGCACCCAGUUUCUGUUCAGCUCUGUCGACACUGGAAGCGGAACUUAACCCGCCAGCCGAUACGACAGCCAAUCACCGACACGUCACAGCGUCACACCCCCAGCAGCGAGAGUCGACCCAUAGCUCCGUUUCGGGAACACCCGUUGUUAGACUAGCGGCGCCACGAUCUAGAAGUGCAGGACGACGCCGCUCCCGUCGGCGAUCAGCUUCUCGGUCCCGAUCUCGUUCCCGUGCACGUGCCCGUCGCUGAAGUUCGUUCUCGAGAAAACGUUUUCGCUUGAGCUAAUUUGAGCUAAAUUUUUGGUCAUGUGAAAUUUUUCGGUGUUUAUUUAAUAAAAUAUAAUUUU